CCCCCCGCCCCCGCCCCGGCCCCUCCGCCCGCGCCCGGGCGGCCGCGGGGAUGCGGCGCGGAGCAAGCCCGUGCUCGGCCCCGGCCGCGCUGCCGCUGACACGAGUGAAAGAUGCUGACUGCCAGUAGUGGAACAGCUCCUCUGAGGAACAUAUCCCUGUAAAACCUUCCCUAAAAAUCACCCGGAGGCAAAUAUUCCGCCUGUGAUGGACCCUCGGAAUACUGCUAUGUUAGGCUUGGGUUCUGAUUCUGAAGGGUUUUCUGGGAAAAGCCCCUCUGUGGCAAACCUUGGCACGUUGGUGGGCAAGGGAGAAGCGGAGCCCGAAGGCUGCAGCAAGGACGAGGAGGACGGGAAGAAGAAGGGCCGGGAGGGCGAGAAUGGGAAGAGCGAGGCCCUGAGCGAGGCCCAGCAGUUCUCCGUGAAGGAAACCAACUUCUCCGAGGGGAACCUCAAGCUGAAGAUCGGCCUUCAAGCCAAGAGGACCAAAAAGCCUCCCAAGAACCUCGAGAAUUAUGUCUGCAGGCCUGCCAUAAAAACCAGCAUCAAGCAGCCGAGGAGGGCUCCCAAGAGCGGGAAGAUGACGGAUGAGAAGAGCGAGCACUGUCCUCCCAAACAAGACCCUUCAAAGUCCUACAAGAAAGCUGGAGAAGUGGCACCAGUUGAGUUACACGCAGAAGAAGGUGUCCAAGUAGAAACAGCCCCUUUAUCCAAGAAAGUUUCCCCGUUGCACUCAGAAAUGACGGAUUACAUGAAGUCAUCUCCUCCCACCCUGAUCAGCAGCCAUAACUCCGAUUUAAAGGACAGAACAGAAAUCAACGGAGCAACAACUGUCACAGAGAAACUGGCUCAGCUCAUUGCAACCUGUCCUCCCUCCAAGUCUUCCAAAGCAAAGCAGAAGAAGCCCGGGAACGGAAGCGCGUCCGGUUUGGUGAAAGACUCUGGGAAGAAGCCGCCAGGAACCAUCAAUCCGAGUGGGAUGGUUGGUAAAGAUUUGGUGAAGAAGCUGCCGGGCUCUGGGAUCGCCGUGGGGCUGGUGAACAAGGACUCAGGGAAGAAGCCAUUGGGGAUUGGCAGCACAGCCAUACUGGUGAACAAAGACUCUGGGAAGAAGCCCAGGAUCGGCCCCUUGAUUGGAUUGGUGAGCAAGGACUCUGGCAAGAGGCCCCCAGGGAUCAGCACUCCCCCCGGGACAGUGCACAAGGACUCUGGGAAGAAGCAACGGACCAGCUCUGCAGUUGGAUUGAUCAGCAAAGGUGGGAGGAAACUUCCAGGGAUCAGCACUCCAGCUGGAUUGACUACCAAGGAGCCUCUCAAGAAGCCAGUAGGGAUCAGCACUCCAGCAGGAUUGGUUAACAAGGAUGCUGGGAAGAAGCUGUUGGGGGUAAACAGUCCUGCAGGUCUGCUCAACAAGGAUUCUGGGAGGAAGAUGCCGGGGACCGGGAAUACGACGGUUCUGAGUAACAAAGACUCUGGAAGGAAGACCCCGGGGAUUGGCAGCCCGGUGGGACCAGUUAGCAAGGACUCUGGGAGGAAGAUGCGAAUUAGCAGUCCAGUGGGGUUGGUUAGCAAGGAGUGUGGGAAGAAGCCGGCAGGGAUUGGCAGCCCGGCUGGUUUGGCCAACAAGGACUCCGGGACACUGAAGGCAGAUUCCCUCACACCCACCUCGGAGCCCUUUAAGCUUCCUUGCAAUUCCAGCCUCAGCAGCCUGGAAAGCCACGAGCCCGCGGAUUUACUGAAGGAGAACCCUCCCAGCAAACCCUUUGAGCACGUUGCGAGGCAGAACAAGGAGAGCAUCCUGGAGAAGUUUUCCAUUCGGAAGGAGAUCGCCGAGGUGGGCAAGGAGAUGUUUAACGAGGGGAUGUGUGUUCCCAGGACACCUUCUCCUCCCAGCGAGAAGGGCGGUUAUGAAGCAUCCAAGCACGAGAAGCAGCCCCCAGUGUAUUGCACUUCCCCAGACUUCAGGACAGGAGGUGCCUCGGAGGUGUCGACAGCCAAUCCCGUUCAGUGCAGUGGGAGAGGGAAUCUCCCCUCCCCUUCCCCCACCGUGUCUGUCCCCACCCUGAGCAGGAGCCUCUCAGCAUCCUCCUCCCAGCUGCCAUCCAACUCAUUGCACUUAAUCACGGCAGAGCUCCUGGAAGGCAUCUCUGAUCCCGUGGGCAAGACUCCCUUUUCCUCUGACAGCAUCCUGGGUCUGAGCAGGACCUGAACCACCCCCUCGUCACGAUUUAAAGGUGCUGACAAAGAUUUGAGCGAUUCAAAGGCUUCUUACGUGGAGACUUCCAGAACCAGUCCUUCCACGGGGAAAAAGCCCAUUUUGGCAGGAACGAGCAUCCACGCCACUGUCACUCCUUCCGUGGAGUUUACCAGCUUGUUCAGCAGCAAGCAGUUCCUGAAAGAUCGGGGCGAUUGCUGCAUCCGAAAAUCCUGCCAAGGAGCGAAGAAUCUGAGCAGCACUCAGCAGUCGAAGCCUCUGAGAAAAAGGAAAGGAAGGAAGCCCCGAUGGACUAAAGUGGUGUCGAGGAGCACGUGUCGACCUCCGAAGGGUCUGGAGCUGGAAAGGUCGGAGCUUUUUAAAAACAUUUCCUACAGUGCACUAUCGAGCAGCAUGGAGCAGGCCAAGUUCCUGAAAAACAUCGGGUCGUCCUCGUUCGUGGAGCACGAGUUCGUCAAGCACCAGUUGCCGGAAGCUGAACGAAGCCAAUGGCCAGUCCCGGCUCUGCUGGCUGAGACUGACAAACCAACCCAGAAGUUCUACAGCGCCCAACAACCCUCCACCCUGUGUAUGGCGGAUGAUUUCUUGCCUGACAUGUACAAACCCAAAGAGGAAGAUCAAACCCAAGGAGAUUGCCAGAGGCUCGAAGGUCCCCCCAAAAGGACUCUAAAGAUUCCGGCGUCAAAAGUCUUCUCAGUGCAGUCGAAAGAGGAGCAAGAGCCUCCCAUUUUGCAGCAGGUUGAAAUUCCCUCCCUGAAGCGAGCCUUAUCGGGACAACCUUUUCCUAAAAAGAGAGGAAGACCAAAAGACAGAUCAGGUCAUCAAUUAAAACGAAACACCUAUUCUGUCCGUGGCACCUUUUGUGGAACAGAGAGCUCGAGCACGAUGGGGCCUGAAAGUGAGCAGCAUCGACCCGGGGAGUUCUUUGAGAGAAAGGACCAGCUCCGAGGGCCUGAAGAGGUCCGCCCCAGUAUUUGCAGCAUGAGUGAUUUGGAAGUAGACUCAGACAGAAAAGUUGCCAAGAGAAAUAACGGACAGUUAAUGAAAACAAUUAUUCGAAAAAUAAAUAAAUGAAAACUCUGAAGCGAAAGAAAACUCCUGAAUCAGAUUCUGUCCAGUACAGUGGAACCAAAUACCAAAGGGAAGAUGCAAUCCAAGCUCCACAACACGGUGUCGACUCUCGCCGCCACGUUCGGUUCGAAGCUGGGCCAGCAUCACGUCAGCAAGAAAGGAACGAUUUACAUAGGAAAGAGGAGAGGGAGGAAGCCCAAAGCCGUCCUGAACGGCCUCUUGGCCAGCAGCGCCGCCAGCCUGACCGUGCUGGAGAAGUCUGCCCAGCAAGCUCCCGGUACGUCCCUGGGCCAGGUCCUGCCCCACCUGCUGCCUCCCGCGGGGAACCCCUCGGAGGUGCUCCCGUCUCCGGUUUGCUCCCAGUCGUCGGCCGUGAGCGGGGGGCAGAGCCCGGUGAGCAGCGACGCGGGGUUCAUCGAGCCCAGCCCCGUGCCCUACCUGCACCUCCACUCGCGGCAGGGCGGCGUGGUGCAGACCCUGGCCAUGAAGAAGGCGGCCAAGGGCAGGAGGAGGCUGUCGCCGCCCACGCUGCUGCCCAACUCGCCCUCCCACCUGAGCGAGCUGACCUCGCUCAAAGAGGCCACGCCGUCCCCCGUGAGCGAGUCCCACAGCGACGAGACCAUCCCCAGCGACAGCGGCAUCGGGACGGACAACAACAGCACCUCGGACCGGGCGGAGAAGUUCUGCGGGCAGAAGAAGAAGAGGCACUCCUUCGACCACGUGUCCCUGCUCCCGCCCGAGACCUCCACCGUGCUCAGCAACCUGAAGGAGAAGCACAAGCACAAGUGCAAGCGCCGCAGCCACGAUUACCUCAGCUACGACAAGAUGAAGAGGCAGAAGAGGAAAAGGAAAAAGAAGUACCCUCAGCUCCGGGGGAGGCAGGACCCCGAUUUCCUCGCCGAGUUGGAGGAGUUAAUAAGCCGGUUAAGUGAAAUUCGGAUAACCCACCGGAGUCACCAUUUUAUACCCCGGGAUUUGCUGCCCACCAUUUUUAGAAUAAACUUCAACAGUUUCUACACCCACCCUACUUUUCCUUUAGAUCCUUUGCACUACAUUAGGAAACCUGAUUUAAAGAAAAAGAGAGGCAAGGCCUCCAAAAUGCGGGAAGCUAUGGCAGAAAUGCCCUUCAUGCAUAGCCUCAGCUUUCUCUCCAGCACCGGGUUCUACCCCUCCUAUGGCAUGCCUUUCCCGUCCCCCCUGGCAGCUGCUCCCAUAGGAUUAGGUUAUUAUGGAAGGUACCCUCCGACUCUACCUCCUCCACCCUCUCCUUCUUUCACGACCCCCCUGCCGCCACCUUCCUACAUGCAUAGCCACUGCUUCUCAACCCCACCAAAUAACCACAAGAAGAAGCAUAAACUCUUGCGCCAGGAAGCUUUCCUCACCACGAGCAGGACCCCCCUGCUGUCCAUGAGCACCUACCCCAGCGUUCCACCCGAGAUGGCCUACGGCUGGAUGCUGGAGCACAAGCACAGGCACCGCCACAAGCACCGGGAGCACCGUUCCUCGGAGCAGCCGCAGGUUUCCAUGGACACUAUCACGGCCAACAGCUCCUCCAGAACGGUUCUGGAGUCCCUGAAGCGCUACAUUGGGAAGGAGGCCGUCGGGGAGAGGUACAAACACAAAGAGAAGCACAGGUGCCACAUGUCGUGCCCACACCUGUCGCCUUCCAAGGGUUUGCUGAGCAGAGACGAGCAGUGGGUCAGGAGGGAGCCUUCGGAGUCGAAUCCCUUGGCACUGGGCCUGCAGACCCCGCUGCAGAUCGACUGCUCUGAGAGCUCCCCGACCCUGUCCCUGGGGGGGUUCCCCCCCGGCUCGGAGCCCGCCGGCACCGAGGAGCACACGAACCUUUUCACAAGUGCAAUAGGCAGCUGCCGAGCGCCCGGCCCCGCCGGCCCUGCCGCGCGCAAGAAGCUGCCCGAGAGCCCCGGGCUGUUCAGCGCCCAGGACGCGCCGCUGCCCCGGCCCCUGCGCAAGGAGCCCGCCCUGGAGAAGGCCCUGCAGCCCCUCUCAGGCACUUUGCCAGCCCAGGACAAACCCUCGCAGAGGCCGUCGGAGAGCACAAACUGCAGCCCUUCCAGGAAGAGAUCCACGUCGGAGAGCACGUCUCCUCCAGGGAUGUCGGUGCCAGCCCGGAGCGCCCGCCUGGCCCCGGCUGCCGAGGACUCUGUGGACACUCUGCUCCAGCGCAUGGCACAGGAGGGCCCGCCCGCGCUGGACAAGACCCUGGAAGCCGUGAUGGCCAACGUGCCACCCUCAGCCAGUCCCGCUCGGAACCACUCCAGGGAGAGAGCUCUGGGCAAGCAGGACAACCUGGUGGCUCCAGCCAUUCCCAGCAGCUCCUGCAGCGACAGCAUCUCCCUCCUGUCGGAGCGGCUGCCCGGCAGCUACUCCCCGAGGCACCUCAAGAGGAGCGUGGUGGAGGCCAUGCAGCGCCAAGCGAGGAAAAUGUGCAAUUACAACAAGAUCCUGGCCACAAAAAAAAAUCUGGACCACGUCAAUAAGAUCCUGAAGGCCAAAAAGCUGCAGAGGCAGUCGCGGACCGGGAACAACUUCGUGAAGCGGCGGCCGGGGCGGCCCAGGAAGUACCCGCUGCAGGCUGUGGUGUCCAUGCAGGCCUUCCAGGCCCACAGGCUGGUCAGCCAGGAGCUGGAGAACGGGGAGCCGAGCAGCAGCCCCCUGCACCUGGGCCCUGACACCAUCACGGACGUCAUCGAGGCCGUGGUGCAGAGCGUGAACCUGAACCCCGAGCACCGCAAGGGCUGGAAGAGGAAGAGGUGGCUGCCGGAGGAACAGGCCAGGAAGAGGCACAAGUCUUUGCCUGAGGAUGAACAGGAGAGCAAUAAGAGUUUUUCUGAGCCAGUAGCUGAACCUCCCAGUCCACAGGAUGCCCUUGGGAAACCACCUGAGCCUGAGAACCCUGAGCAGCCUCUGCCUGCUCUGCCCCAGCGGGAGAAGAAAGCCCCUCGACCCCCAAAGAAGAAGUACCAGAAGGCAGGGCUCUACUCUGACGUGUACAAAACAACAGACCCCAGGAGCCGCCUGAUCCAGCUGAAGAAGGAGAAGCUGGAAUACACCCCGGGGGAGCACGAGCACGGGCUGUUCCCUGCCCCCAUCCACGUCGGAAAGUACCUCAGACAAAAGAGAAUUGACUUCCAGCUGCCUUACGACAUCCUCUGGCAGUGGAAACACAACCAGUUGUAUAAAAAGCCAGAUGUCCCACUUUACAAAAAAAUCCGUUCUAAUGUCUACGUGGAUGUCAAACCCCUCUCUGGCUACGAGGCCACCACCUGCAACUGUAAGAAACCAGAGGAUGACAGUGGGAAGGGCUGUGUGGAGGAUUGUCUGAACAGGAUGAUCUUUGCAGAGUGUUCCCCCAACACGUGCCCCUGUGGGGAGCAGUGCUGCAACCAGCGGAUCCAGAGGCACGAGUGGGUGCAGUGCCUGGAGAGGUUCCGGGCCGAGGAGAAAGGAUGGGGUAUUCGUACCAAAGAGCCCCUGAAAGCAGGACAGUUUAUCAUUGAAUAUCUGGGAGAAGUUGUUAGUGAGCAAGAAUUCAGGAACCGGAUGAUCGAGCAGUACCACAACCACAGUGACCACUACUGCCUGAACCUGGACAGCGGGAUGGUCAUCGACAGCUACCGCAUGGGCAACGAGGCUCGCUUCAUCAACCACAGCUGCAACCCCAACUGCGAGAUGCAGAAAUGGUCCGUGAACGGUGUUUAUCGGAUCGGGCUCUAUGCACUCAAGGACAUGCCUGCUGGGACUGAGCUGACCUACGACUACAACUUCCAUUCCUUUAAUGUUGAAAAGCAGCAACUCUGCAAAUGUGGCUUUGACAAAUGCAGAGGGAUAAUUGGGGGGAAAAGUCAGCGUAUGAAUGGACUUUCAAGCAAAAGCAACCAGCCUGUGAGCACCCACAGGAGGCCUGGACGGUCGAAAGAGAAGAGGAAGUCAAAGCACAAAUUAAAGAAGAGGAGGGGCCACAUCCCUGAGGAACCCAGUGAAAGUGUGAACGCCCCGACCAGGCUGACCCCUCAGCUGCAGAUGAAGCCCAUGUCCAACAGGGAGAGGAAUUUUGUGCUAAAACACCACGUAUUUCUGGUACGAAACUGGGAGAAGAUCCGACAGAAGCAGGAGGAGGUGAAGCACGUCAGUGACAACAUCCACAGCACGUCCCUGUACACCCGCUGGAACGGGAUCUGCCGGGAUGACGGGAACAUCAAAUCAGACGUGUUCAUGACCCAGUUCUCAGCCCUGCAGACGGCCCGCUCGGUGCGGACGCGGCGCUUGGCGGCGGCCGAGGAGAACCUCGAGGUGGCUCGUGCUGCCCGCCUGGCACAGAUCUUCAAGGAAAUAUGUGACAGCAUCAUAUCCUACAAAGAUUCCUCCAGGCAGGCGCUCGCAGCUCCUCUCCUGAACCUGCCCCCAAAGAAAAAAAAUGCAGACUAUUACGAGAAGAUCUCUGACCCCUUGGACCUCGCCACCAUUGAGAAGCAGAUCCUGACUGGCUACUACAAAACUGUGGAAGCUUUUGAUGGGGACAUGCUGAAGGUGUUCAGGAAUGCAGAGAAAUACUACGGCAGGAAGUCCCCCACGGGCCGCGACGUGUGCCGGCUGCGCAAGGCCUACUACAGCGCCCGGCACGAGGCGGCCGCGCAGAUCGACGAGAUCGUGGGCGAGACGGCCAGCGAGGCCGACAGCAGCGAGACCUCGGUGUGCGACAAGGACAACGGGCACGAGAAGGACGAGGACGUCAUCCGCUGCAUCUGCGGCCUCUACAAGGACGAGGGGCUCAUGAUCCAGUGUGAAAAGUGCAUGGUCUGGCAGCACUGUGACUGCAUGGGUGUGAACUCGGACGUGGAGCACUACCUGUGUGAGCAGUGUGAACCUCGGGCUGUGAGCAGGGAGGUCCCCAUGAUCCCUCGGCCCCACUAUGCCCAGCCUGGCUGUGUUUAUUACAUCUGCCUGCUGAGGGACGACCUGCUGCUCCGCCAAGGUGACUGUGUGUACCUGAUGAGAGACAGCCGCAGGACCCCCGACGGGCACCCCGUGCGUCAGUCGUACCGGCUGCUGUCCCACAUCAACAGGGACAAACUCGACAUCUUCCGCAUCGAGAAGCUCUGGAAGAACGAGAAGGAGGAGCGUUUUGCCUUCGGCCACCACUAUUUCCGUCCACACGAAACCCACCACUCCCCGUCCCGCAAGUUCUACCACAACGAGCUCUUCCGGGUCCCGCUCUACGAAAUCAUCCCCCUGGAGGCCGUGGUGGGCACGUGCUGUGUGCUGGACCUGUACACCUACUGCAAAGGGAGGCCCAAGGGGGUGAAGGAGCAGGAUGUGUACAUCUGUGACUACCGCCUGGACAAGUCAGCUCACCUCUUCUACAAGAUCCACCGGAACCGCUACCCCGUGUGCACCAAGCCCUACGCCUUCGACCACUUCCCCAAGAAACUCACUCCCAAGAGGGACUUCUCACCUCAUUAUGUGCCAGACAACUACAAGAGAAACGGAGGCAGGUCAUCCUGGAAAUCAGAUCGCUCAAAACCACAGAUCAAAGACUUAAACCAAGAGGAGGACGCUCUGCCCCUGAUGGAGGAGGUGCUGGGAGCCCCAGAGCAGGUGCCAGGGGAGCUGCCCGGCCCCGAGGAGCCCGACAAGGAGCCGGUGCCCAGCGAGGGCUGCGAGGCAGAGAAGAAGGGGGAGGAGACCCCCUCGGACACCAGGCAGCUCUGCAGCCCCGAGGAGAGGAGGCACCUCCAGAGGGAGAGGCUGAACCAGAUCCUGCUCAACCUCCUAGAGAAAAUCCCAGGGAAAAAUGCCAUCGACGUCACGUACUUGCUGGAGGAGGGAUCGGGCAGGAAACUGCGGCGCCGCACCCUGAGCAUCCCCGAGAGCAGCUUCAGGAAGUGACAGCGGGGCCACCCCAGCUCUGGGGGCUGUGACUUGGGGGGGCCGCCGAGCCCCGAGGGCCGCGGCCCGACCUCCUCCGUGCCGGCCCAGGGGGAGGAGGCGGCAGCGAACUGACAGAACUACAAACAGUAGCACUUAAAGGGGCCGGGGCGUCGCCCUGCCCUGCUCUGCAGUGCUCUUGGUGUGUGUGUUGGUGGGCGUGCCUUGUAUUGAUGUUAGGUACUGAGGAAACCUCGUGGUUAUAUUGUCCAGGAUGGUCAAAUUUAAUUUAUUUUUUGCUUGAUAUUCCCACUCAGAGGAAAAACGAACACAAAAAAAAAUAAUAAAAAAAAAAGAAAUUAAAAAAAAAAAA